CUACAAACACCCAGCAUGACAGCGUGCGGAGAGGGUCUGGUACGAGGCUAUUCACUGACUGAUAAGACGAUUUUAAUAGAGAAAGAAAGGAAAAAUUUUCUCCAAGAAUGAUGCAAAGAUAUUUCGAUUUCUGAUACUAUUUAAAGGUCAAGUAUCUGUUAAGUUUCUAUGACAAAUCUGAUAGCGUUGAUGCUGUGGUUCUCAGUAUCAGCACAGUUUGUUUGUCAUUACUGAACGUGUGUUGUGAGAUGGUUGGCGAAGCGAUGGUAGUAGGCUUCCUAGCUUUCCUUUACUAACUCAAUAAUUGUUCAUCACGUAGCAACAAAUAAUAACUCCUAACCAAACGGUUGGUACAUCUAAUGCCAUUCGAUUGUUUUAAUUUGAGGAGGUGAAACCAAAUUCCACGUUUGUUUCCAUAGUCAAUUAGUUUAAGUGCAAUUGAAUUUGUCAGUGCCGAUUUGCAAAUGGUCAGCUGACCGACACAGAUAAUAUGAUCACGAGACCAUCAGUUCCUGUGUUUGGGGUUGACGUCACUCGGUACAACGCAGCCAUUCAUUUGUCACAACAAUCGCGUGUUGCACAGAGAGGACACGUCAGAGCGCGGCCAUGAACGUCGACAGCUCCGAUCGCUCUCUAGAAGCGGACGCCUGGGCACUCCUCGCACUAAAAUUGCCUUCCGACUCCAUCCACGCAUCACCAGGCGGCGCAGCAACCAUCGCCUGGGAUUGUUCGUCGUCUGCGAUUCCACUGGCUCGUCUCGAAGGUCGAGACUUCGACUACAUCAUGCGCACUUCUCGAGUCACAGUCGGACGCAACAGCCGACUGGGAGACGUCGAUGUCAACAUGGGCAGCUCGAGUUUCGUCUCGCGACGCCACGUCGAGAUUUCCUACUCGAACGGUCGCUUCUAUCUGCUCUGUCUCGGUCGAAACGGCGUCUUCGUCAACGGCAUGCUGCAUCGUGACAAAUCGGGCCCGAUUGAACUGCCACGAACGUGUAGCAUUCGCUUUCCAUCGACCCAGUUGCGUGUUGGUUUCUCCUCAUUGAUCGACGAGGAUAAUCCGCCGGAUUGUGACGAGUACUCGAACGGAGAUGCCAGUGAAGGCGAGAUGCGGCGUCUUGCGGUGAUCGGCGCUCCGUCGAGUCCGCACGACAGGAAAUCGCCGUGUCACUCGCCUACGAUGACGAUCAGUGCUGCCAAUUCCUGUCCAGUGAGCCCUCGUGGGUCAUUUUUCUCUCCUAAUCCAACUGAUCUCCAGCUGGCAGCGUACAGAGCAGCUCAAGCUGUUGGGCAAAACAAUGAGACCGAACUGGAAAAUUUAGCAUCAGCAGCUGCUCUUGUACAACAAUCUGUUGUAAAUGGUAAAAGUCAGUCGAGCAAUGGGCUCAGCAAGUCAAGCAAACCGCCAUUCUCAUAUGCUCAAAUGAUUGUUCAAGCCAUCACAUCGGCUAGAGACAAGCAGCUGACACUAAGUGGAAUAUAUGAUUACAUAGUGCAAAAUUACCCUUUCUACAAGAGGAGUGAGAAAGGGUGGCAAAAUUCUAUUCGACAUAACUUAUCACUCAAUCGAUACUUUGUGAAAGUGCCUCGGGCUCAGGAUGGUCCUGGGAAAGGCUCGUAUUGGCGUAUUGAUCCAGCAUUUGAAUCACGGUUAGUUGAUCAAGCAUUUAGGAGGAGGAGGCAGAAGGGACUGCCAGCUUUUCGACCAGGAUUGGCUACAAGGAGUGCACCUAGUUCACCGACCAGAUCAAUGUUUAUGUCUCCAUAUCAUCUUCAACCAACCAACACAUUCAUCCAUCGACUGCCCAACCCUAUUACUAUGCCCAGCUCUCAUCUAACCGUUCCAGUCCCUCAUUUCUUUAGUGACUCAGCUCCUUCCUCUCCUUUAACUCCACGAUCAACAACACCUCGACACAGUCCAAUGCUGUCUCAGUCACCCUCACCGUCUCAUUCUGCACAAGGUUCAGCUUUCAUCAUUCCUCCAACUACAGUCAGUGCCAGCAAUUCAUCACACAUCACAAUUCAAGUACCAUCCGUUGCUUCUCUAUCUCAAAGGAAUAGUUUAAGUCCAUGCAGCUCUCCUACACCAUCGGGUGAACACAUAGUCUCUAGACCACCGCCACCCUUACUCAUUAUGUCUCAGGAACAUAUGAUACCAAUGAGCUGUGAACAACAAUCGGCACAAUUUGGCUUGUCAAGUCCUUUACAGAUGGUAGCAAAGAUGACUGACAGUGCUCAGUCAGCAUUGCAAGUGAUGAGCAGAGUGGCUGGCACAGUGAGCCCUACACUGUUGGAUAGGAAGGCAAGCUACACAGCUGAGUAUAGUAAAGCAAGUGACUUUCAUGUAGCAACAAAUGCUGAUGAACAAAUUGGGUUAGUAGGUGAAAAUCAAGCAAAGAGAGUAAAAUUCUCGGACCUUUAAGGAUCUUGUUGUAUGGCACAUGGCUCACAUACUUGAUUGCAUGAACAGGAACUGUAUUUACCACGUGAUUGUUUUGCCAGCAAACUGGGCAUAGCGCAAUGACAGGCAGGCCUGUGUUGCUGCUUCUGUAGUUUUGGCUUUUCAUAUACUUGUACUUGAUUACCCAUUUGGUACCAAUGUAAUGGGUUGCAUGAGGUGGCAACGCAUGAGAUGCAGUGGCUGAAUUACCUACCAGAGUAUGGCUUUGUAUACAUAGAAGUAAAGAUCCAAUUUCUUAUUCUGUA